AUGAGAUGCAUUGCCCAUAUCCUUAACUUGGUUGUUCAAGAUGGCUUGAAGGAGUGUGAUAGUUCUGUGAAAAAAGUUAGGGAGGUUGUUAGAUAUGUUAGGAAUUCACCUGCCAAGCUGAAGAAGUUCAGGGACUUGGCUGAUUCGUUAGGAAUUGAGCAAAGGUCUUCUUUGUGUCUAGAUGUUCCAACCAGAUGGAACUCUACUUAUUUGAUGUUACAAUCUGCUUUGACUUAUCAAAAAGUCUUUGAAUCUUGUGAAGAGUCUGAUAGUUCUUUCAAAUCUGACUUGGGUGAUUCUGUGCCUAAUUUUAUGGACUGGGAUUAUGUGGGCAGUUUGGUGGAGUUGUUGAAAUGUUUUUAUGAUAUGACAAUCAGAAUUUCUGGAUCUUUAUAUGUGACAGCUAACACAUUUUUCAGUGAGAUUUCUGAUUUGUACUGUCUUUUAAAUGGAAUGGUGGAAGCUGGUGGGACAGUGAGCUUAAUGGGGAGAAAUAUGAAAGCAAAAUUUGAGAAGUAUUGGGGUGAUAUAGACAAGAUGAAUCUUAUGAUUUUCUUUGCAAACAUUCUAGACCCCAGGGAUAAAUUAGAGUAUAUGCCUACUCAAAUUAAUCAUAUGUAUGGUGAGGAGAAAGGUAAACCAUACUAUGAUAAAGUGCUUGCUGGUUUGCAUGAGUUAUUUGAUGAUUAUUCUGUUCCUGCUUCUUCUUCUGUUCCUGCUUCUUCUGUGUCUGCUGCUGUUGGUAGUGCUUCUUCUGUGAGUUCUGUCAGUUCUGUGUCUGUUGGAAGGCCACAGCAUUUACUCAAGUCCCAAAUUAAAAAACAAAGAUUGGAAUCUGGGAGUAAGAAAAAAACUGAACUGGAUAUCUACUUGAGUGAGACAAUAGUUGAGGAGGAAAACUCCUUUGAUAUUCUGAGAUGGUGGAAGAUAAAUGCUGAGAGGUUUCCCAUCCUUUCUAAGCUUGCUAGGGAUGUCCUAGCUAUUCCAAUCUCAACUGUUGCCUCUGAGUCUGCCUUCAGUACAUCUGGGAGAGUAUUGGAUCCUUUUAGGAGUUCAUUAACUCCAAAAAUUGUGGAAGCUUUGAUGUGUACCCAGGAUUGGCUUAGACUGCCCAAUACUCCUCUAUGUAUUGAGGAAAAUCUUGAAGAACUGGAGAGGUUUGAAAAAGAGUUAGUUGAUGGUGGAAGUGGAAGGAAUUUUGGUCCUACACUAGCUACAAUUCUUGUAAAUUGCUGGCUUGAAUCCUUGAUUGCACUGGUUCACUUUUAUGUGGCAAAUGGCAAUGAUGAAGCUUCCACCUAUAAUCUGAAAAGAAGGAUUAAGUUGGCAUGUUGCUCUAUAUUUAUUGAAGCAAUUUGCCCUUAUUUCAAAAUUGAUAGGAAACAAUGCUUACUGAGCCAAAAUUCCAAGAAGAAGAGUAGGACUUCCAACUUUGUGGAUAUAAGUUAA